CAAAGUAUUUUGGCAGCAUGUAGACGUUUUCUUUGUAAUCCCACCGCGUUCUGACUUUUGAAGCUCAAACCUUCCUUUAUUAUUAUUCAAACACUUGAACACUUCCACUCACACAAACUCAUCCAUGGCGAAUCACGAUGAUGAUUUCACACACGACGUUUUCCUGAGUUUCAGAGGCAAAACUCGCUAUUCAUUCACCGAUCAUCUCUACCGUUCACUUCUCCGUCACGGAAUCAACGUCUUCCGAGACGAUCAAAACCUCAAAAUCGGCAACGAAAUUGGACCUUCACUUCUUCAUGCAAUCGAAGCUUCUAGAAUCUCGAUCGUUGUGCUUUGUCGUGACUACGCUUCUUCCACUUGGUGCCUUGACGAACUUGUUAAGAUCGUUCACUGUUAUUAUGAAAUGAAAGGUAAAAUAGUUUUUGUUGUUUUUUAUAAGGUGGAACCUUCAGAUGUUAGGCAUCAGAGAAAUAGUUAUCAAGUUGCUAUGGUUGAACAUGAGAAGAGAUUUGGAAGGGAAUCGGAGAAGGUGAAAGCGUGGAGAUUGGCUUUGAAUUCAGUUUGUGCUCUUAGCGGAUUGCAUUGCAAGGACGAUAGUUAUGAAUCUGAAUUUAUUGAGAAGAUUGUGAGAGACAUCUCAGCUAAACUAACUCCCAUGCCUUUUCAAAUCAAGCACCUAGUCGGACUCGAUUUUCGUUUCGAACAAGUGAAAUCUCUUAUUGAUAUUGAUUCUGAUGAUGAUGUUUGCAUGUUGGGGAUUUAUGGAGCUGGUGGAAUAGGCAAAACCACAUUUGCUUUGGAUAUAUAUAACAAAAUUAGAAAUCGAUUUGAAGCUGCAAGUUUUCUUGCUAAUGUAAGAGAAAAAUCAAAUGAAAGCACUACAGGUCUGGAAGAUCUCCAAAGGACACUUCUGUAUGAGAUGGGCGAGGAACCAAAAACCAUGUUGGGAAGCACAUUUAGAGGAAGCUCUGAAAUAAAACAAAGUCUUUCCCACAGAAGAGUUCUUCUGAUAAUAGAUGAUGUUGAUUCAGUAAAACAAUUGGAAUCACUAGCUGGAGGACAUGAUUGGUUUGGUUCUGGUAGCAGAAUCAUUGUAACAACAAGAGAUACAGAUGUUUUACAUAAACAUGAUGUUAAAAUAAAAACAUAUAAACUCGAAGAGCUAAACCAUCACGAAUCCAUUGAACUCUUUUGUUGGCAUGCCUUUAAUAUGAGCAGACCUGAAGAAAAUUUUGCAAAAAUCUGUUCUCAUGCAAUAAGUUAUGCAAAGGGUAUUCCAUUGGCUUUAAGAGUUAUAGGAUCCAAUCUGAAAGGUAAGAGCAUAGAGGAGUGGGAUAUUGAACUGCAGAAAUAUAGAAAGGUUCCAGAUGCUGAGAUUCAAGGUGUACUAGAAAUAAGCUACAAAUGUCUAUCUGACUUGGACCGGAAAAUUUUUCUAGACAUUGCUUGUUUUUUCAAAGGGGAAAGAUGGGAUUAUGUUAAAAGGAUACUAGAUGCUUGUGAUUUCUUCCCAGUUAUUCGAGUAUUUGUUAGUAAAUGUCUCAUGACAGUUGAUGAAAACGGUUGUUUAGAAAUGCAUGAUCUAAUCCAAGAAAUGGGUAGAGAGAUUGUUCGGAAGGAAUCAACAUCAAACCCGGGGGAACGCACCAGAUUAUGGUCUCAUAAAGAAGUUCUUGAUGUACUGCGAGGAAAUUUCGGAAGUGCUAAGGUUGAAGGAAUAAUGCUUCAUCCCCCAAAACAAGAAAAAGUAGAUCAUUGGGCUUGUAAUGCCUUUAAGAAGAUGAAAAACCUUAGAAUUUUAAUUGUUAGGAAUACAUUGUUUUCAUUAGGACCUAGUAAUCUUCCGAAUAGUUUACGGUUACUCGAUUGGAAGUGGUACCCAUCAAAGAAUUUCCCACCAGAUUUUUAUCCAUACAGAAUUGUUGACUUCAAGUUACCUCAUAGCUCGAUGAUAUUGAAAAAGCCCUUUCAGAUUUUUGGGGAUUUAACAUUCAUCAAUCUCUCCCAUAGUCAAUCCAUAACUCAAAUUCCUGAUCUAUCUGGAGCUAAAAACUUAAGAGUGCUUACACUUGAUAAAUGCCAUAAACUGGCAAAGUUUGAUAUAUCUGUUGGAUUUAUGCCUAAUCUGGUGUAUUUAAGUGCUUCGGGGUGCACUGAGCUCAAAAGUUUUGUGCCAAAAAUGUAUUUGCCCUCCCUUCAAGUGCUUUCGUUUAAUUUCUGCAAAAAACUUGAACACUUCCCACAAGUAAUGCAAAAGAUGGAUAAGCCAUUAAAGAUUCACAUGAUAAGUACCGCCAUUAAGGAGUUUCCAAAAUCUAUUGGUAACCUUACAGGCCUUGAGUAUAUAGACAUGUCAAUUUGCAAAGGGCUCAAAGAUCUAUCAAGUAGCUUCUUAUUGCUUCCAAAACUGAUCUCUUUGAAAAUUGAUGGAUGCUCUCAAGUAGGAGAAUCAUUUCAAAGGUUCAAAGAGCGCCAUUCAGUGGCAAAAGGCUAUCCAAAUUUAGAAACACUUCAUUUUAGCGAGGCUAAUCUAUCAUUUGAAGAUGUUAAUGCCAUUAUUGAAAUAUUUCCAAAGCUGAAAGACUUGAAAGUUUCACACAAUGGGUUUGUAGCCCUCCCAAGUUGCAUCGGCGGAUCUAUGCACUUGAAAAAUCUUGAUGUGAGUUUUUGCAGGAAUCUUACAGGAGUUCCAGAACUUCCAUUAAGUAUUCAGAAAAUCGAUGCAAGACACUGUCAAUCCUUAACUUCAGAGGCAUCGAGUUUGCUAUGGUCAAAGGUUUCACAAGAGAUCCAAAGAAUACAAGUUGUGAUGCCUAUGCCGAAAAUGGAGAUUCCAGAAUGGUUUGACUGUGUUUGCACUCAAGAGAUUCCACUUUUUUGGGCUCGCCGGAAGUUUCCCGUUGUUGCUUUAGCAUUAGUGUUCCAAAAAAAGACAGACAAUUCAGACAAUUUUUUAAAAAUUGUUGAUUAUAUAAAUUUGUUGACUGGAGUCAAAGACUGGCACACUGUUAGCCUCCAUUUGUUUAUUGAUGGCCAACAAAUAUGUGGCAGGGAUUUCCAUUAUUUCAAUGUUGGGGAAGAUCAUGUGCUAUUGUGUGACCUGCGAUUUUUGUUUAAUGACGAAGAGUGGCAAGACCUUGAUGCAAGUCUUGGAGAUGACUGGAAGGCCAUUCAGGUUCAAUAUGAUUCGGACUUGAUUCUGACCAAGUGGGGAGUUUAUGUGUACAAGCAAGAAACAAGCAUGGAUGAUAUCCAAUUCAUACCUCCCAAUCGCAGUUCAUGUUCCUACAUGCCAUCGUCAUAUUUGGUUCCAAAGAGAUCACCAGAGCAGCAAAUGAAACAUGUGCUAGAAAAUUUCAAUCCAAAAGACAUGUUUAGUGAGUAUUUACCUCUAUUAGAAUCAGAAGAAGGUCCAGUAAGGUCUUUAAAAGUGCUUUUGCGGUCUUUGCGGAAUGCCAAGGUGGAAGUUAUAGAAAAGACUUCUUUCUCUGCCUAUGGGGCAAGUCUAAAGCAAGAUCAUGAAGAUUCUGUAGAGCAUGUGAUUCAAGUAUUAGAGAUGAUAAAAGAGAAUUUAUCAGAACAUUUUGCUGAUUUAUCUCCUGAAGAUCUUCAAAUUGCAAGCGGAGUUGCGGAAAGAGUAUUGCGGGCACGGGUAGAAUUAAUGAAAGACGGUAGCUUGGACAUUGGUAUGCCUAUUAUUCUAGAAUAUACUGAUGCAUUAGGAGCAAAAAACCGACGCUUUUGGGGAACCAUGGAGAUAAAACUGGGAGAUCCAUUUUACAAACCAGUGUUGAAGAGGCAAAACCAACUUUCCUGGGGACUUGGGACUAGCAAUGAAGCCUCAACGUCUGACCUAAAGGUGAUAAUUGUUGAAUUGAAAUGCCAGCCUGCAGGUACAGAGGAAGCUUCAAGCUCUGGCGUUGAAGAAUCCUUGGAGGAAGGAAACUACAAUCCUGAAUUGGAAGAGUUAAUGAGAAGGAUAGAGCAAGAUGCUAUGAACUUGAAUAAAUCUUAUGGGAAAAUGAAGGCAUCUAUUGUUCAAACUGAUGAGCCAUUUUCCGAAAAUCAUCUAUUGGAAGCAUUAGUCUUCAGAAGACUAAUGGUUUUGGGAAAAUUGACAAUGUUUGGAUCAGCGACCAAGUUCAAGAUCACACCUUAUGGGAAGAUGAGGGCAGAAGACGAACCUUUCCGCAUACUGAGGACAUGUUUUUGGGGUUUAAUCUUUGUUCUUCUUGCCCUAACUAUAUGGUCAUUUCAUUUCAUUGUAUACGUAUGCGUUUACUUUUAUAGAAUACCAAUAAUAAGGAAGUUAUUAAUGUGGGGUUGGUGGCUUGUCAAACAAGUUUGCUCAUCUUGUAAAAAAUUGUACAGCAGAAUUGGCAUGAUUAUUACAAGAAUAAAGGAAAAGGAAUUGUAGUGGGAUAGUGGCAUUGGCAGAAGAUUUAUAAAUUUUUUCACAAAUGUUGUGUCGGUAGAAGGUCUAUAACUUAAGGGCUUGCAUCUAUGUCUACAAUAAUGAUAAUGGCAUCGGGAGAGGAUUUGUCUGGUAUUCCAUUCAGGUAUGAUCUCGUUCCUUUAACAUCACUCCAUUUUUUAUCUUGCAUCGGGAGAGGAAUUGUAGUCAAAUUAAUGUUUGAUGCGAUGCCUUUGUAAGUUUUACAUACUGAUGAAGUCCUUGUGAUGUAUUUUCGUUUCAGAAAAUUGAUAUGUUGUAUGCUUAUAAAAAACAGUGUUAUGUUGUACUAUAAGUUGUCGAUGGAAACAUUUGCAAAAAUUUGCAAACUAUUCGAACUUGGCUUUGAGUUA